AUGAGGUCAAACCGUCGUUUACUAUUUGCAUUUAUUUUGCCCCUCUUUAUCAACAAUUGCUUUGCCGAAAAAGACGUUCAACAGCAUUUGGCUGACGGAAACGUGUAUUUAACCACUGGUAAAUUCAACGACGCCAUUAUUAGUUUUGAUGCUGCCAUUUCACAGGACCCUUCAGAUUACUUGUCGUAUUACAAGAGAGCAACAGCUUAUCUCUCACUUGGUCGCACCAGCUCAGCAAUUGACGACUUCUCCACCAUUCUUUCGCUUCGCCCUGGCUUUGAUAAAGCACUUUUACAACGAGCUAAAUUAUAUGCCAGUGAUGGUGAUUUUUCGCUUGCAAAGACAGACUUGCUGAAACACAAGAACCACCAAUUGGAUGGUGAAGUGAAGGACCUGCUCGAGUCAGUGGAAUAUGCAGAAAAAACAAGUCUAUUAGGUUUAGACGCUUACAAGCACAAAAACUAUGAGGAUUGUAUUGCCCACUUGACUAAAGUCAUUCGUAUUGCGCCUCAAAAACCUCAAUGGCGUCUCACACGUGCCAAGUGCCAUGUUGGCAAAGGAGAGAUUGAAGAAGCCACCAGCGACUUGACUCGUGUGGCGGUAUUGACACCUUCCAACAAGGAACUAUUGCUACAAGUAGCCAGUUUAAACUUUUUCUCACUUUACGAACCCGAUCGGGCUUUGACUCAAGUCAAGUCAUGUAUUCAUUACGAUCCAGAUGACAAGCAAUGCAAAAGCCUGUUCCGCCUUAUUAAGCGUCUGGAAAAGGAAAUUAAAAAAGCUGAGGAUUUCCGUCAGCAACAGCGUUAUGCCACUGCAUUGAAUGCGUUGGUAGGUGGCACAGGGAUUGUGAACGAGAUUGAUGCUCCGCUCAAGCAAUUAGAGGUCACCAUGGAAACAAAAUUACCCAACCGUUUAGCACUGAGAGUAUACUCGUUAGCAUGCAGCAUUGCAGCUGAAUCCAAGGAUCUGGACAGAGCCGAAAAAUGGUGUGCGGCUACACUGGAGUUGGACCCUAACCAUGAGGAAGCAUUGUUCAGUCGUGGUGAAUUGAAGUUAAACCAAAAUGAUUUUGAAGGUGCUGUGAUUGAUUUAGAAAAGGCCUUUGAGGCAAGUGAACAACAAAAUAACCGUAUCAGACAAAUGUUGCAGCGCGCACAGCAGUUAUUACGACAAAGCAAAAAGAGAGACUACUACAAGAUUCUAGAUGUGGCGAGAGAUGCAGACCCCAGAACAAUCAAAAAGGCAUACCGUAAAAAGGCUCAUGAAUGGCACCCAGACAAGUACAGUGGAGAAUUAGAUAAGACACAGGUAGAGAGUAAGAUGGCAGAUAUCAAUCAAGCAUAUGAAGUUUUGAGUGAUCCCGAAAAGAAGGAACAGUUUGACAAUGGAUUUGAUCCCUAUGAUCCUGAAUCUGCACAACAACAACACCAGCAUCACAACCCAUUCGGACAUCAACAUGGAAACCCAUUUGCCCAUCAUUUCGGCGAUCAAGAUGAAGAAGAAAACGAACCACUUCAUCAAGGCGAGACCAUUGAAAUGAAUGAAGCCUCAUCUUCUUUUUCAAAAUUCAAUAGAAUGGCCGAAGACGGCUGGAAUUCAGUGACCCAUUUGGUCCUUCCGCAACAACAACGACCUUCAACCCAUAUAGACGUUGACGAUCCUGCGCCCCCUGCGCUCGAUAUAAAGAACGAUGUCAAGAGGCAUCUUUAUUUGCUGUUGGAAGAGCCUGCCAGCAGUCGAAGUGCUUUUUGGACAAAUGUGAUCGUCUCAUUUCUGAUUGUCUUUAGUGCUGUAACAACAACCAUUGAAACUAUUCCUUCGUUUCGCUCUGCCAAAAGCAACAAAGUGUGGUUUCAAUUAGAGUCAGCUAUGGUUGCAUUAUUUACACUAGAAUAUCUUCUUCGAAUGUUUGCGCACUCGGAUUCCUUUCGCAUGCUUAAGAAGUUUUUUCUGUGUAAAACGUAUGAAUUUAGAUUUACGAUUUUAAGAUUAUUCCGUUUAUUACGAUUGUUUCGCUCGUACAAGUAUUCGAAUGCGAUUGUGAUGACCAUUGAAGUUAUGAUGAUGGCCUUCCGAAGGUCGGGUGAUGCAUUAUCUGCCCUCUUUUUUUUCACAGUCACCUGCGUAGUACUGUUUUCCACUUUAUUGUACUUUGCCGAACGCGGAAUUUGGGAUGAGACCUUGCAGACCUUUGUGGCUUCAGAUGGCUCACCCAGCUCAUUUGACAGUAUUCCAGCUGCCUUUUGGUUUGUAUUAGUUACAAUUACCACCACUGGUUAUGGUGAUAUGGUGCCAACAACAUUUAUUGGUAAAUUAAUUACGUUUCCCGCUAUGAUGUUUGGUGUCUUGCUUAUUGCUUUACCAUCCAUCAUUGUGGGUCGAAAUUUCACAAUUGUAUGGGAAAGUAUGCGACGGCGCCAAUUCUCCAACCGAAUGGGAGAAAAUCCUAUGGGAGGAGGGGAGGACGUGCUUUCAAACAAUGUAAACGAAACUCCCGUUACUGCUACAGGUACACACACAUAA